GCGCUGCGACACUGCAAUCAUGCACCGUGAUGCUUAUUACUGUUUACCCCCACUAGUUUUUCGCUGUGUGACUUUUAUUUGCAUUUAUGAUGAUUUAUCUUUAUCAGGCUCAGUACUUCGUACUUCGUACGAAAAAGUUGUUAUUUUCUGUUGUCGUAUUCUCCUUGUUGAACUGACCGGAUUUUUAUACUUAAGUUUGAUGCGUUUCCAAGAAUUAAUAAUCUGGGUCAGGUCAUAAAUUGUUCUGUUACUUAAUAUUUAUCGUUUUAUAUAUAAUAUCCCUAUGACUAUAACCAUUUGAUUGUUAAAAGCGCUGCACUUUCUCUCUUCCGAAUUUUGGCCAGAGCGUGAUCGCCGGCGCAAUGCCGGGAAAGCGUCAUAUUUUCAUCCAAGGGAUGCCCGGUUCGUUAUUUCCAGCGCAAUAGGUUUACGAGUGAAAAAACGCAUGCUUAUACUGCGUAGUCAGUUGAAAAAGUGAAUGUCUGCCUAGUGAAUUCGUUACUUUGGUUGCGAACAUGAGCAGAGCAACACGAUUGCGUGUCAGUGAUAAUUUACAGAUAUGUCUGAUAGUGUCUGAUCCUUCGGAUUGGGGAUUGUAAAAGAGUAUUUUCAGGAUCCGGAAAAAACUACGUGUAUUGGCAAGAUCUUCCAGCACCUGAAAAAUACGUCUAGUGAUGUGAAAAGUAAAUGUAUGUUCAAUGGAUUUUGCACGGACGAACAGCGCACUCCUGAUGGUAUCCGCAGCGGAUUCAUUGUGCGCGAUCUCGUCAGUGGAGCGACUUGCCCACUGGCAACAAUCGAGUUGUAUCAAUUUCGACUAAUUAUCGCUAUUUGGAUCUUGAAUUGGAAACCGGUUGGGCCGGCACCGACAUUAGGAAAAUACUAUGUGCAGUUGGAGCGGUUUGAAUCCCUGGUGUUACCGAUGCUGGAAGCUGCCGCCGCCUCAUCCGAACCAUGUGUGUUCUUCUGUGACGAAAUUGGAUCCAUGGAAUUGAAGUCGCCCCGAUUUUUCCCGGCGGUGCGGAAGUUGCUGGAUUGUUCUGGUGUGCGAGUUGUGGGCACGUUGCCGGCCCGCGGGAAGCUUCCGCCCGCGGUGGUUGACAUUUUACAGCGGAACGAUGUACAAAUUUUUCAGAUUUCGCAAAAUAAUCGGGGAGAUUUGCCGGGUGUGAUUGUAAAUCACCUGGAAGAUAAAGCAUCGCUCCAAAUACAGACCACUGCACAGCUCAGGCCUGAGAUGAAUAAAGAAUUCUAGUGCCAAAUGUCAGCGGCGGACGGCGUAACGUUUGGACAAACGCGAUGGGAAUUAUCUCCAUCGUUUUUCUGUUUUCAUUAUUUCGGCGGUACUUUGGAUGACUGAUGACUGUACUUUUGCAUUCUAAAACGUUUUAAUCGAAUAAACUACAAUAUUUGUGUUUUGUGCGUGUACGGGGAUUGAAAUCUGAAACAUGGUGGCAUAGAAAGGUGUUCAUUUCGUUUAUUAUGCUUGGAAAAUGUUGCUUACCUUGAUUUUCACCUUUUGUGAACAGUUCGCGCGGACUGGAGGAUGAUAAGUGUUUAAGCUGAAAACUGUUGAAUCGUCUGAAGUUCUAAAUAUAUCGCUUCGGCUUCAUCGUGAUAAAAGAAUUUACCGGAAAGCGGUAUGCACCGAUAGUCGAUUGUAACCAAUCGUUUUUGUAUAUAAUAGCAUAUUCUUUUGCUCAUUUAUAUGUCAUAAUGAGAGCAUAUGCU